CACGAGGCAGGAGGCGCUCUCGGAUGACGUCAGAGCGACGCAGCCUGUGGGAACCGCGUGAGGAGACUGCGGCCCCCGGGCCCUGUUAGGGCGCAGGAUUGACAUUUAAGGAGCUACAAUUUCUACAUCAAGUAUUUAUUAACAAACAAGGAUUUCUAUGGAAGAUUAAAAAAUAUGAAAGCUACAAUCAGAGCAGAGCUGCUCCUGGACAAACUAAGAUAAUGGAAACAGUGUUAGACCCUUCCAGAGAUGACCUUCCUCUCACAGCCAAUACUAACCACAUACUCGUAAAGCACUAUGCAUUGGAUUUGGAUGUGGAUUUUGAGAACCAUGUUAUAGAAGGUGCCAUCACCAUCUUCCUUGAGCCUGGAAGUAGAUGCAGGAACCUGAGUGGUGCAGAUGAAGGAUCCGGCCAGUCAGAGUCCAGUGAAUCUUGCAAAGCUGAAACAUCUGCACCAUGCCGUAUUCCUGUGACAAAUCCAGGUGCUUUCUCAUCCAAAAUGAGAUCUAAUGAUAUUGUUGACUGUGAUACAAGUGAAAAAGACACUUCUGAUAAAAAUGGCAACCAUGGCAGCAUGGAACAGACUUAUGGGAUUUUUCGUUCAGAGAACUGUUGCAACCCAGAGAAUCAUGAAAUUGAAGAUUUUUUACUUAUACUGGACUGCUGUGAUUUGUCUGUGUUAAAGGUGGAGGAGGUAGAUGCUACUGCUGUGCCAGGUAUUGAAAGAUUUACAAGGUCUGCCCAGCUCACCAAUGUUUCCAGGGAUCUCAGAAAUCAGAUUGUGCAUGAACUUGUGACUCUACCUGCAGAUUGUUGGAAAGAACAGUUAUAUUAUUAUGCUUGUUGUAGCCAGGCUCCUGGCUGUGGAGAACUCCUGUUCACCUCUAGCACCUGGAGCUUACAAAUCAGGAAAAUGGGGGUUAAGACAGCCACUGACUUUCCUCACAUCGUAAGAAUAUGGUACAAAACAAAGCCUGAGGGAAGAUCAAUUACAUGGACCACAGACCAGAGUAGCAGGCCAUGUGUUUAUACUAUGGGAUCCCCAAUAAACAACAGGGCCCUUUUUCCAUGCCAAGAGCCACCAGUUGCCAUGUCAACAUGGCAGGCUACAGUCCGAGCAGCUGCAUCUUUUGUUGUUUUAAUGAGUGGGGAAAAUUCUGCCAAGCCAACCCAGCUUCAGGAAGGGCGCUUGAGUUGGAAUUACUAUGUAACAAUGCCAAUGCCAGCAUCUACCUUCACGAUUGCAAUUGGGUCCUGGAAAGAAGUAAAGCCAGAAUCCUAUUCAUUGAAUGAACUGUCAACUGUGACAUCUUUUCCACCUUCCAAGGCAGACUCCAGGUGUGCCAGUGGGAUAUGUGGUCACAUGGAAUACCCCUGCCGCUUUCAGAAUCCUAACACUGCUUCUCAAGCAAUUAUUCCUUAUCGAGUGUUUGCCCCAGAGUGUCUCCAACACCGCUGUGAAGAGAAUCUACUUCAGCUGAUUCCUCAGUGCCUCUCAUCCGCCCAUUCAACCUUGGGAACGCACCCUUUCACCAGGCUUGACGUGCUAAUUGUUCCUGCCAAUUUUGCAAGUCUGGGGAUGGCCAGCCCACACAUCAUCUUCCUGUCUCAGAGUGUCUUACCUGGAGGGAGCCAGCUCUGUGGAACACGCCUUUGCCAUGAAAUUGCUCAUGCCUGGUUUGGUUUAGCCAUUGGGGCUCGAGACUGGACUGAAGAAUGGUUAAGUGAAGGGUUUGCCACGCAUUUGGAAGACGUAUUUUGGAUCGAAGCCCAAAAGUUGUCACGUGAUGAGGCUAAAGAACAGCUAGAAUUGAAGGCUUUGCUCCGCUGGCGGAGACUCCAAGAUGAAGUACAGAACUCCACAGAAGAGAUGCAAGUGUUAAGAAACGAAAGCACGAGAGCCCCAUGUCUCAUCCCACUCAGACUUCUGGGAUCUAAUGAAAGGAUCAACCAUUGAAUUUUCAUAUAGGCUCUGGUGAGUCCAAGCUCAGUGAAUGGGAAUUCAUACCGAAUUUGCUAGAAAAUUCAGACCCUCCUGGUUCUUUUCAUUCCUUAUUUAGAGUGGUGCAGGAAAAGGAACUCUGGACCCAGAUCUGAGUUUGAGACCAAGAUCUGACUUAUCUUGGACCCCUGACCUUCAGCAAAGUCCCUUAGACUCUGAGUCUGUUUCUUCAUCUGUAAAAUGGAGAUAAUAAUUUCUAUAGUACCUAUCUCACAGGAUUUUUGUAAAUGUCAAAUUAAAUAAUACAGGUAAGGUGCCUUACAAAAGCAUAUAACUAUAUAAGUGUCAUUAUUUUUCCCUAUUCAUUUUGAAGGUCAGUAUAUAAAGUAGAAAUGUAGAUCCAAGCAUAUCUGGACAUUUGUUGUUCUAGUGUUCAGGAAUAACUUUUAUAUGACUUUGUGGUAAUUAUUUUGUUAUUCAGACAUGUCUGACUCUUCACUGUCCCUUGGGCCUUAGUUGUCCACGGGAGUUUCUCAGCAAAGAUACUGGAGUGGUUUGCUAUUUCCUUCUCCAGUGGAUCCUUUUGUCAGGCAAUCAAGAAGUUAAGUGACUUGCCUAGGGUCACAUAGUUAGGAAAUGGUGGAGGCUUACACAGAGCCUCUCUGUUGAGCCAUCACCUGCUAAUCAGGUCAUGAGUGUUCUUUGAAAGGUUUGAUACAUAGCAUGUGAGUGGAAACCCCCUACCCCCUUACUUUAUGAUGAUUUUUGUAACACUAUUCGUUUUUUAGUUAAGUCAAAUAAUAUAGUUUGCCAAGAAAAUAUAUAGCUUAGGGUGGUUUUAAAUCUUGCUGAUAGGCGCUUUGACCUUAAGCCAAAAGUUUCUACCAAGCACACCACACUCUGCUUUGGGGUGUACACUCAAGACAGUUGGUCAGGAGGUGGAGGGCUGCUUUGGGGUGUAAGCUCAAGGCAGUCAGAACGGAGGCAGAAGGCUACUCUUGGGUGCAAGUAUCAGUCAUCCAACUUCUGACUCCUAGUCAGAAAACAAUUAGACCCCAACCCCUUAUUACAGAAGCCUUGGAAAGGUCAACCAUAAUCAUAGAAUAGGGGACCACCCAUAGUGAUUACUUGUGUACUUUCCAGCUUAUUCAGCACUUGUAUCAUUGGUUAGGAUCUGCCUAGGUGAAAGAUUUAUAUAUCCAUUCGACUUUAAUUUUGACUGUAGUACUUGGUCACCAUGUCAUAAGAUUUCUUUGCAUGAAAAAGGCUAUCUCCUAAGGCUCAGGGUCUUUGGUCUUGGCAUCGAACAGAGUCCGGCUUUAUUGUGAGGCUGGCCACCUCUCAAUAGAUCUAAUAAUAGCUUGGAGACUGUAUUGAUGUGAUAAAUUUUCACCACAAGCAUCGUAAAAAGCACAUUUGUGAGGUGCAUUAUGUUUAGUUGGGAAUGGGCCCAAGAUCAUCAUGAGUCUUAAGGUUUGCCAUUAGUUCAAUCCAACUAACUGUCCCAGCUCCCUGAGAGGGCCACUCUACAAAGAAUCAGGAAAUUUCCAGGAAUAAAAGUCAAAAGAGCAUAAAUUUGUGUGUGUACACAUAUAUAUGUAUAAAUUGCAUGGAAACAAAACAGUCCUUGCUAAGUGCUAUAGAGUUUUGGACCAUCGCAUUUGUACAAAUACAACUUGAGCCCCCAUUCAGUACAUUCUUCACUAAUAGGCCAGGAACUAUAAAUCAAGUUUCAAAGUUUAAUUGCAACAGAAUAACAAGGGAAAUCUCUCACCCUUAACAUAAAGGGGCACAGUCUUCUGUAGAUCCCUGUGGUACAACUGGGCAAGAGAACAGGCCUUGGACAAUUCAUGAUUUACAAUUUUUCCUGGCUGGAAUACUUCUCCAUAUGCCGGGACAUGGCUCUGCCUCCUGUUCCAUUCCAUCUCUAUAACUGCUCCAUCUCUACCUCCAAAGCAACCACUUGUGGCUUUUUUUUUCCAGAAUUAUUACUGCUGUUAUUUGAUUCUUGGCUGCUUCUACGGAGAUGAAACCCUUAGCCAGAACUAUCUUUGGUUUGGUAGCUUCUUCCUUAAAGGGAAUGUUAUUGCUCUUUUGUGAGUUUGCCAGCCUCAAACAUGCCUAGGGAUAAUCACCAUGUUUCAUCUCUUUGGUUAGUCAGGCUUUAGUCUAGAGUCCCUGAGAUCAGGACCUUUUCCCCCACUACCCACUUUAUCUCUCUCCCUUCUUCCCCCCCAACCCUCAAUAUCCCUUCAGAGAAUUCCUGAGGGAUCUUUUGAUAUUUAGAUUGGGGUAAGGAAAUUCCUUUCAACUCCUAUCUGGCUCCUAGCCAGUCACAUAAAUUACCUCAGAUUUGCCAGGGUUAUGCAAAUGACCCUCUAACUUGAACCAGCCUUAAAGAGGCAGUUAGCUGUGCUUAAGGGUUCCACAGAUCUUUGCUCUGCAUUCCUGUAGUUUUGACUACCUAGGUCACGGUCUUCCUUAGGUACAGAUGCAGAAAUAGUCACACAUAUGUUUUAAUCCCUAGGAAGGAAUCCCCUUGAGAGAUAACACCUUGAUCAAGGAUACUACCUUUUCAAGACAGAACGAAGGUUUUAAGCUAUAGGGAAAAAAAAAACUAAUUAAAUUUUUUUGUGGCAUUUAUAGAGAUUGAUGUUUCUUUUAGGCAAAAGCAGAUGUAAAAAUAGAAUCAAUUUGGAAGACUUAAUCACCCUAUUGCUCUCCCAUUUCAAAUUAAUGCAAUUCAGAAAGCAUUUAUUAAGAGCCUACUAUGGGUGAGGACCUUAAUGAAUGUUUUCUGAACUACAUUAAAUUGUAUUUGGGGCCUGGGAGGAGGCAGGGAGGUGGAAAAGUGGAGAUAGUUCCAGCCCUGGAAUCAAGAGGACCUAAGUUCAAAUUUUGCCUCAGAUACUUGCUCUCCUAUGCUAGUUGGGCAAGUCAUUUAACCCUGUUUGCUUCAGUUUCACAUCUAUAAAAUGAACUGGAGAAGGAAAUGGCAAACCGCUCCAGUAUCUGCCAAGAAAACCCCAAAUGGGGUUCACAAAGAGUGAAAUGACUGAACAGAAUACUUAUAUGGUACUUUGUAAAGCCCUUUCCUCACAAUUGCCUUCUCUGAGAUAUAUUGUUUGGGCAUUUUUAUCCCUUUUUACAGAUGAAGAAACUGAAGAGAAGCCCUGAACUGUUUUCAUGACUUUCUAGAGGCUACACAAAUAAUAAAUAAAUGUAAAAGCCCUGGGUCUGAAGCAAAAUCCAGUGCUUUUUCUCUUAUUCUGUGUUUUCAGGUGCUAUGGGUGGCCAUUCAGAAUAUGAAAUAAUUUUGACCACAAAUGAACAUAAACAGGGAAAGCAAUAGGCAAAAUUACAAAAUCGUUGAAGUUUGUUCUUGUUCCCCCUUUCAGUUUUCCUCCCACCUCAUUCCAUAGUUUCUAAUCCCCUCCUUCUAUCAAAACUAGAAAGGAUCAGAUAAUAUCAUUUAUGUUUUUACUGUAAGCUCUUUCCCAUGACUGUGUGUUACUUUGCCAGUCAUGUCAUUCUUUUUUAAACCUUUAAUCUCCUAAUACAGAAUGAAAGACUUAUUAAAAGAUUUUUGUCUGGGGGUUCCCCUUUUCUUCAGGUAGAUAAUCAAAAGAAUCACAGGAAAAGCAGGAUGGGGCAGGGAAUAGAGAUUAUUCGCCGGAGUGCUACUUUAGGAUUCUCUCAGAGAAAGGACAGAUGGGAUUAUGGAAGCACAAGGACCUACUGCAAACAUUUUCAUCCUGGAUCUUUAAGGAACUGGGAGAGUGGGGGCAAAGAAAGUCUAGUUGAAAGGCUCGAGGUGAGAAGUUAGGUUUUUUUGUAUGAUGACAGUUAAGGUAAGGAAAUUAGAGAAAGCAGUCAACAUUGUACUGUUAAUCAGUAGAGAAACAGCAAAAUAAAAAGAGAAAAAUGAAAACUCUUAUUUGGCUAUUUUAAAGUAAUACUAAUUAUAAUAAUUAAAAUGAAACUGCCUAUUUUUAUGCCUAUUGCCACGUAGCAUGAUUGUGCAUAUCAUUAAAUAUAUGUUAGCUUAAAUUUGUUUUCCGUUUUCAUUUAGGCAGGAUCCUUAUAAAUGCGUGCUCAGUUUUCAUAGAUCCUCUAGCAUGACCGCCUACUCAACAGCUUAAAAACAUCAGAGGGAACAUUUACUUCUUAAUUAUUAAAGAUGUCUUUUCCCCACACCUCAACCUGGGUGUUCUCUUUAGACUUUCCUCAUCCACUCUUGCUGCCAGGACAAACUCAGAGCAAAACGGUCAAGAAAUCAAAGUGUGCCUUGUCUGACUCCCCUUCUUGAAUACUAAGUCUAAUAAGAAUUACCUUCUGUAUUUGAUCCCUUCAGGGCCCUGUCCUGCCAGUUUAUUCAACAAACUACUUCAUGAAGAUCCAGUGGCUAUUAAGGGCUUAAUGAUUUACCCUUCCUAGGGGACACAGUAUUGGGAAAGAGAGUUGAUCUAUCUUCAUGGAAAGACCUCGUUUCUGGAUUCAGCUUUCCAAAUCUAGCUGUUAAAUUCCUCUGUCUCUAACCCUCUUCCUUCCUUCCCUAAAGCCCAAGGGCCGAAUUUACUGGCAACUCUUAAUAAUCCUACCCUUUCUCAAUUAGAUUCAGAAAGUCCCUCUACCGUGGCUGGGUAGGCCCCUUCUCCAUCAUUACCAGUGUUGCCAGGAGUGCUGAGUCUUUGCUUGCCUUGCUCAGGGUCACAGAUCAUUCUGUGUCGGAGGCAAGAUUUGAAUCCAGGCCUUCCAGUCUCAGAGACCAUCUCUCUGUCUGCUGUUCUUACAUGGCUUCUCAGUCUUCUUUUUCUCCUUGGCACCCACAUAUGUCUUUUAAUUGACAUUUCCAACCUCACUGCAAAGGAGAGACCAGUGCUGGGAAUUUCAGAUGUUGUGGCAAAUUGAUGGAUGGGGGAAUGGAGAAGCAAUCCCUCAGCUACACAAGUAGGGGGUUACCUACUCAUUACAAGUCAAACUAUGCUUACGUUCUUUCUUCUGCAUUGUUUAGUUUUUUGCCAGUGUUCCAGCUGGUGUUUCUUUGAAACUCUCAGCCAGUUCUUCUCUCCACAAAAGAUUUGACUAAUAGGCAUCUCAGAGGAAGCACCACGACUCCUCCCGCCCUCAUUCACUAGUGCUUGUCCAGAUUUUUUUUUCUCUUUUACUUCUGUGUCUCCUUUUUAACUUCUCUCUGAAGUCUAUUCUGGCAGUCUCAGCAGGAUCUAAGAGCUUACUGCUGCUUAUUAUAUGGUCUAAAGUAGCUCUCCAUUGAUUUUAUUGUUUAUGCCCUAUUAUCCUUUCCCUUUUCAUUCUACGUUCUUUGUUCAAGAGAAAUUCAUGCUGAGAAGAGCUUUAAAAUAUAUCAUGCUAAAGAGACACUUACAAGGCAAGUAUAAUAUCUGACAUAUGCUUUCCCUCUUAGAUAGCUGCUGGCAAGCUUCAUCUAAUUCUUUAUAAAUGUAUCUUUCCCUAUCUUCUAAGAGAAUGCUUCAUGUACUGGCCACAUAUACGUCGGCUAAUAACAGGGGAAGAAAAGCUAAUUAUUUAACUUUGCCCUUUAGCAUAACUAUAAUACAUAUUCAAAGAAGAAAAAUUAUAUAUAGAUGAAUGACUUUAACAUUUUAUAAGUUUUAGAAAAAUAUUAAGAAUAAUUGUUCUGAAAGCUCUCUGUGCAAGUCCUCCUCUUACACAAAAAGUUUUUAUCCUUUAAAUAUUUUUUCAUAGAUUUCAUUUAUAACUUUAUAGAUCUGUGUCAGCAUCCUACCCAACUCAAAUUUUAAUCUAUCUUUAUUUUUUCCUCCCACGUGGGAGAAUAUACCUCUGCAUAGGUAGUAACCUUUGGAGAGGCAGCUAGGUGGCACAGUGGAUAGAGCACAAAGCCUGAAGUCAUCAGAAAGACUUAAGUUCAAAGCCAGUCUGACACUUAAUAGCUGAAUAACCCUAGACAAGUCACUGGCACACUGUCUUCCUCAGUUUCCUCAUUUAUAAAAUGUGAAUAAUAAUAGUACCAACUUCCCAGGGUUGUUUUGAUGACAAAAUGAAAUAUUAUAUAUUUAUAAUAAUACACAUAUAUUAUUAUUUCUUAUAAUAACAUAUUUAAAUAGUUAAUAUAUUUAAAAGUACUUUGCAAAGCCUAAGAUGCUUCUAUGUAAAUUUUAGUUAAUAAUAAUAGUAGCUGAAAUAUAUUACUUACCAUAUGUCAAGCACUGUGGUAACUUCUUUACAAUUACUAUUUCAUUUGAUUCUUAUAAGAACCUUGGGGGUAAGUGCUAAUAUUAUCUGCAUCUUAUCUUAUAUUUAUUAUUUUUAUUUAUUUUAUUAUCUCAUUUAUCUAGCCUGACUGAAGGAGAGGAUCUAUCUAUCAAGGUGUACAGUAUCAUUAAGGUAUAAUUGGAUAAGGACAGGGUUAUGACCUAUGAAUUCAUUACUAUAGAGAAUCCCCCAAAGAGGGGGAAAAGAGGAAACUCCCUCUACCCAUGUAGAUUGGUAUUUUUUUUUUAUAACUUAGAGUCUUUCAAGAAUUGCCUAGAGUGCUGAGUGGUCAGCUUGAAUAUCACACAAUAAGUGUCCAAGACAGCACUUGAAUUCGUCUUCCUUGUUUUGAGUUCAACUCUAUCUAAUAUACCACACUACCUUAAUAUAAACCGAAAUCUACUACAAUUGUUUUGCAUUAUGAUUUAAACAAUGUCCUUCCACCCGCUAUUACUUUCUAUAAUAGUAAUUGCCCCCCACAGUCAGUUUUAGCUCACCUGGUUUUGUGGAGCCCUCUUAUAACACUGGUACAGUAUUUCUCUAGGGAGAUUAAAUUCCAAGCAAGGAAGAAUGGACACAUAAACUUCUUGGAUACUAAAUAAAGAUAUUUGGCACCACAACCAGGACUAAUGAAUCUUCAAUUCCUUCAAAGAAACGCCUAGAC